UGCUUGAGACACGUGUCAUUGAGUCGAUUGCAUCCGCUAUCCCUUUUGUUCAACUGAACCUUUUCCGUUUGGUUUCUCGGAAAACGGAGGAAAAUCUCAUGGGAUUCGCCGGUGAAGAUAUGAAAUCGUCAGAUUUUAUGGAUAAGCGGAUUGUGGAACUUUCUCGAUCCGAUUCCGACGAAUUCUCAUACGAAGUAGGCAAGGACGAUUUCGAUUCCAACUUCGAAUUUCACUCUACACGACCUAUCGUUCCACCCCGCUCACGCGAUUUCAGCUUCCAGGUUGGGACCCCUAGUGAUGGAGGGCUACUAUCUGUGAUUGAUCUCAAAAUGGAGGAGCAUUUUAAGAAUUUGAUACAUGUUGUGGAAGGUAUUAGUGUUCGAAUGUGUCAACUAGAGAAUAGAACAAGAAAAAUAGAGUAUUCCGUUGAGGAAUUGAAAGGGUCAUCUGAGUUUAACCAUGGAAAAUCUGGGGCAAAGUUGAGGGAGCUAGAGAAUAUUCUCACUGAGGUUCAAGGUGGUAUUCAAGACUUUAGAGAUAAACAAGAGACAUCACAGGUGCAACUGCAGUUGGGAAGGCUUCAAAUGUUAAAAGAUUACCAAAAAUCACAAGACCAGAAGACCAAAAUUCACACUAGUUCAUGUCAAGGUCUGGUAUCAACUGUCCAGCAGCAUAAUAACCAAACAAAUAUAACUGCUGAAACUCCUCCACAACAAUUUCCUGUGCUGUCAUCUGUCCAACAACAUAGUAACCAGUCAAACCAAAGUAUUGUUACUUCUCUGCAACAUUUUCCUCCCGAACAUCACAAUGUUCCUCAAAUCCAAUCUCAUCAGAAUUUGCCUCCUAUGCCAACAGCAGGGCAAUUUCUAGCCCAAGCAUAUCAGAAUCAAAACACUUCUGUUUUGCAGGCAGAAUCUAAUUUCUCACUGUCACCACCUGUGUUUAAUUCAGAAUCUACACAACAGCAUCACCGUAUGCCCCCAAUUCAGCAGCCACAGUCAACAUCUAUAUCACCAUAUCAACCUUACCAACAAGCUCCACAAUUUCCUCUGACGUCACAAUUACAGCCAUCGCCUCUACUAAGCCCUUCUCAUGAUGUUGAUCCACAAACCUAUCCUUCAUUGGCUCACAUUUUUAAAGAGGUCUCUUACAUGCCACCUCAAAGCUACAGCACAAGCAUUCAUGAGACCUAUAAUGCACCUGGCUUUGCUCCUCCCACCAAAGAAAGUUAUUCUAGCUCUCACCAGAAGAUAGGUAAUAAUCAACCUUCAAGAACUUCAGAGUACUACUAUCCUGAGCAUGUUCAACCAAGCAGAGAUUCUAGUUUUAAUGAUGUUUAUUCACAUUCUGGAUUUCCUUCCCAGUACAGCAAAUCAAUGAUGAAUUCUUCAGAACCCCCACCAUUUCUUUCGGCCCGUGAUAGUGAAAACAGAUUCUCACAGCCACUAAUUCCCAAGGCAUUACCUCGUGCAUUGCCAAUGGCCUCUGAGGUGGAUAGUGGAUCAGGCUCUAGUGAGAAUGGAAACAACAUUCCCAUUGAAGAUGUUAUUGACAAUAUUGUAGCAAUGGGAUUCCGGAGAGAUUUGGUGAGAGCGACAGUCAAGAAAAUAACGGAGAAUGGGCAGUCAGUAGACCUUAAUGUCGUUCUGGAUAAGCUCAUGAAUAAUAGAGAAGUCCCCAAUGAGAUUCAUAAAUUUGGUCUCUAGUUGUAUCGAUACCGAUACUUGGAUAUACUUGUACAGGGUAUUGAACAAUAUAUAAACUUCUUUUACCAAUUACUGUAGGUUUUUUAGAGAACGUUUUGAUGUAAUAUGCAACCAAUGCAUACAUAUUUGAAAGUUAGCAUA